GAAGGCAGCCUGCAGGCUGCUGCCGGCUGCAGCUCUGGUGGCCGGAGAUAUCGAGCCCCACCCGCCACAUCUAUCAGAUCACCGGAAGGGCGCGCAGAGCACCUGAGCAUACUACCUUGUGUAUAAGGUAUUUAUGAUUACUACCCCAGCAUGCUACAACCUCACUCGAGAAUCGAGACGCACGUUGUACUACUGUUUCCACUCAACUGAACAACUCCUUUCCUCUGAGCCCGCAACAGUUUUACAUACGCCGCCAUGAGCUCCGCUGCGAUUGAGAUGGGUACGCACAUCUCGGUGGGGCAGCUGCAAGGUGCCAGGGUCACGACCAUCGAAGGCACCAACAACGGCCAGGCUAACAACGACAACGCAAAUACCCAAACAGUGAAUGAGUUCUCGCUGCCUCCAACCGACACGGGCAAGGAUGCGUGGCUCUUUCUAGCUGGCUGCUGGGCCGUGGAAGCCUUGGUUUGGGGUAAGUGCUUCCCAAACAAGGGCGUCAUGUACAUCGCCACCCCCUUCGUGAUCGCCCUCUGCCGACUGCGUCCGCGGUGGGCACGGUGGUCCACGCUGGCGGGGCUCGUCGCGGCCUCGCUCAGCAUGGCGGCCAGCUCGUUCUGCACCAGCGUCGACCAGCUGAUCGCCACGCAGGGCGUGCUGUUCGGCAUCGGCGGCUGCUUCGCCUACUGCCCGAGCAUCCUGUACAUCGACGAAUGGUUCGCGCGGCGCAAGGGCAUGGCCUACGGCAUCAUGUGGAGCGCGGCCGGAUUCGGCGGCGUCGUGCUGCCGCUGCUGCUCGAGUUCCUGCUGACGAGCUACGGCUUCCGCACGGCCCUCCGCGUCUGGGCCGUCGUGCUGUUCCUCCUCGCGCUGCCGCUGUCGUGGGUCGUCAAGCCCAGGCUUCCCUUGUCGGCCGCCACGGCUGUCAGCAGGUCCCACUUCAACAUGCGCUAUGUCCUAUCGCGGAGGUUUCUGCUGCACCAACUCGCCAAUGUCGUGCAAGCGACGGGCUAUUUCCUGCCGGGCGUCUAUCUGCCUUCCUAUGCGCACGCCACGUUUGGGGUGUCCACGAUGCUGUCGGCCUUGACCGUGAUACUUGUCAACAUCGCCGCGACCAUGGGAUCGGUCGUCAUGGGCUGGAUGACGGACAAGCUGCCGGUCACGACAUGUCUUGUCCUGUCGGGCAUCGGAGCCAGCCUCGCCGUGCUGCUGCUGUGGGGGCUGACCUCGACAUUGGCUGGCGUGUACGCAUUUUGCAUCGCGUAUGGCCUGUUUGCGGGUUGCUACACAUCGAUCUGGCCGGGGAUCAUGCGCGAAAUUGCAAACCCGAGGGAGUCGGAGGAGAACACGCAUGUGUAUGUCGAUCCGUCCUUGGUGUUUGGAUGGCUGUGUGCCGGCAGGGGGAUCGGGAAUGUGGUGUCUGGGCCGCUGAGCAACUUGCUCAUCCACUCUCGUCCGUGGCUGGGCCAGGCCGUGGCAGGGUAUGGAAGCGGCUACGGGAGCCUGAUUGUCUACACGGGGGUGUCGGCGGUUGUGGGCGGGAGUGCUUUCUUCUGGCGGCGCCUUGGGAUUCUAUAGGAGCAAAUCUGUCGAGGAGUAUUCGGAUGCCGGAUUCAACCUUCUGAGAUCCGGAACAGGCGGCAAGCAGCUCCUUUGAUGCAUGCCCCUGUGCGGUUCGGGACGCCCCGCAUGGUCGAGUUCUGCGAGAUAAAGGGCGCCUUUGCAAGCCUGGGCAAACUCACGCCCAACAACUUUAUCCAGGUCUGGGAUGACCUCGACAGGGUUAGCGAGCAGCUAGAGAUGCUGCGGGAUCCGAAGACCGAUGCAGAGCUGGAGCAGAAAAUGUCUCGAGGCAUUCGUUGACAUUAGAUGGAAGUAGCCCAGAGACAAUGGAGUAUAAUUGGAACGAAUAGUUAUGCG